AUAGUCGGCUUGCAUUUUGACAUUUGCGAUAUUUCUACAACCUACGUUCUUAUUUGACUCGUUUAAAGCUGUCAAACUUAUGAAGUGCAAUGGAUGCAGAGGAAAUACCUGAGCUGCAUAUAAAAUUAACAAAUAAGGGAAUGCUACUUUAUGAUGGAUGGAGUAAGGAAAAAUUGCUCGGCUUACUAAGAGACAAACUUAUGCGGCAGUACAAGAUUAAAUUAUUAUUACCCAUAUAUCCAUGUAACGAUGUGCAAUGUGAUGCAUCACUUGAAUCAUGUCACUCUAUUAUCCAUAGUGGAAUAUAUAAUGAACGUAUUUUAGUCGAACUAGAAAGAAAAGGUAUGUCUCCACAUAAAAUUAUGAAAGUGUUCAAAUAUGGUCUCCUUAGUCUCAAUUCUGAGGAAUUGGAAUAUUUCCAAGAUUUUGGGGCAGAUAUGAACGUAGUGAACAAUAAAGAUAUGUGGUCAAGGAAACUAGACGUGAAAUUGAUAUGGAAUCUCAUAGUCGCCGGUUUAACUGAAAACCAAUGCUGGAAUAUUGUUACGUGUGGACUGGUGUCUCAGGAUGAAAGGGUACUGUGCCGACUUCUGUGGAGCGGCGUGGAUGUUCCAGGAAUUCUGAAUUGGCCAGGACAGAUCAAGCCAGUUACAGCGACAAUAAUCACUUUUUUGAAGAAACUUGAUAUCGAUGAGGAUAUUCUUCUUUAUGUAAAAGAGCACGGUAUCGAUGAUGAAGUCGAAGAUAUGCUGAUUGAUCUUGGAUAUAACGAAUAUAGUGAAGAAAGACAAACUUUAGAAGAAAUAUUGUGCAGUUUAACCAUAUUGGAAUCUACGGCAUCGUCUUCAUUAACAACGUCUCAUUCCGCUGGUUCAAAUAAAGCAGUCCCUAUGUCUGUAAGUACGCAAUCCGCUCCAUGUGCGUGCACGUGCUGUUUGAAUUUACUGCCGAAUAAACAAGGCCAUGAAGCUCUCAAGAGAAACGAUUAUCUAAGGUAA